AUGCUGGCAGGAGGCCACGCGCCCCCGCCACGUGACCGCGCCGCGGGGGCCACCCGAUUUGAUGACCUUAUAUGGUCCCGGCAGCCCUCUCCGGGUCCCACCCUGUUCCCCGAGUCGGAGGAGGCCGGGCUCGGGGAAAUCCCUCCUCCUUCCGUCCCUCAAUGUUUGGAGGAGCCGGAGUGGGAGCCGGCUUGGCCAUGGUGCUCCUCUGAGGCCCCACAGAGCGAGCCACAGGAGGCAGGCCCCUCACCCCGGCCCCUCGGACCCCCGACCCCCCGGGAGGAGCAGCCUGUCGGUCGGUGGGUCGGUCUGUCGGUGGGUGCCCGGUGUCCGGUGCCCGUCCGGUGCCCGGUGAGCAUGGACGAGCUGAAGCACCAGGUGAUGAUCAAUCAGUUCGUGCUGACCGCGGGCUGCGCCGCUGACCAGGCCCAGCAGCUCCUGCAGGCCGCGCACUGGCAGUUCGAGACGGCCCUCAGCGCUUUUUUCCAAGAAACAAAUAUCCCUUACAACAGCCACCACCACCAUCAGAUGAUGUGCACUCCUGCCAACACCCCAGCCACCCCUCCCAAUUUCCCCGACGCCCUCACCAUGUUCUCCCGGCUCAAAGCCUCGGAGAGCUUCCACAGCAGCAGCCCCGUGGCUUCCAUGGCGACGUCCCCUCCCCCGCCUCCUCCGCCCCUCCCUCACCUCGGGGGCUUCGCCCCGGGCUGGCCAGCCACCUCACCCCCAGCCCAGCAGCAGCAGCAGCAGCAGCAGCAACGCAUGUGGACUCCUGCCCCUCCCUCCCAGCCCUCGGGCUGGCCCGCCUCAGUCUCCCAGCAAGCCACCCCUGAACAGAAGGCCAGCGUGACCAUGGAGGCGGAGAGAUGA